CUCCCCAGCCGCGCCCCAGCCACGCCCCAGCCGCGCCGCCAUGGCUGCGCCGUCGGGUGACUCGAAGGCGCCUCUGCGCGAGAUGAAGCGGAUCCAGUUCGGCAUCCUGAGCCCGGACGAGCUGCGCCGCAUGUCGGUCACCGAGGGCGGCAUCAAGUACCCGGAGACAAUGGAGGGCGGCCGGCCCAAGCUGGGCGGCCUGAUGGACCCGCGCCAGGGCGUCAUCGACAGGCUCUCACGCUGCCAGACGUGCACCGGCAACAUGACAGAGUGCCCCGGCCACUUCGGCCAUAUCGACCUGGCCAAGCCCGUCUUCCACCCGGGCUUCCUCAACACCGGCAUCAAGAUCCUGCGCUGCGUCUGCUUCAACUGCUCCAAGCUGCUCGUCACGCCGACAAAUCCUAAGAUCAAGGAAAUCGUGCUCAAGUCCAAAGGCCAGCCGCGCAAGCGUUUGACGCACGUGCACGACCUGUGCAAGAGUAAGAACAUGUGCGAGGGCGGCGGCGAGCUGGACCUGCAGAAGGACGGCGGCGGCGACGGCCCGGGCCGUGUGAAGGGCCGCGGCGGCUGCGGCCGGUACCAGCCGCGCAUCCGCCGCUCGGGCCUCGACCUCACCGCCGAAUGGAAGCACGUCAAAGAGAACUCGCAGGAGAAGAAGAUCAACCUGACCGCCGAGCGCGUCUACGAGAUCUUCAAGCACAUCUCGGACGACGAGUGCUUCCUGCUCGGUAUGGACUUCAAGUUCGCCCGGCCCGACUACAUGAUUAUCACGGUGCUGCCGGUGCCGCCGCUCUGCGUGCGGCCGGCCGUCAUGACGUUCGGCUCAGCCAAGAACCAGGACGACCUCACACACAAGCUGGCCGACAUCAUCAAGGCCAACAACGAGCUGAUCAAAAGCGAGGCGGCCGGCGCCGCCGCGCACGUCAUCCUCGAGAAUCACAAGAUGCUGCAGUACCACGUGGCCACGCUGUCGGACAAUAACAUACCGAGUCUGCCGCGAGCCAUGCAGAAGAGCGGCUCAAGACCGCUCAAGACCAUCAAGGCGCGCAUCGAGGGCAAGGAGGGUCGCAUCCGAGGCGACCUCAUGGGAAAGCGAGUGGAUUUCUCGGCGCGAACCGUCAUCACGGCCGAUCCGAAUCUACGUAUCGACCAGGUGGGCGUGCCUAAGUCGAUCGCGCUCAACCUCACCUACCCGGAGAUCGUGACGCCGUUCAACACCGACAAGAUGCAGGACCUUGUGAAGCGAGGCAACGACCAGUACCCGGGCGCCAGGUACAUAAUCCGCGACAACGGCGAGCACAUUGACCUGCGCUUCCGCCGGAAGCCGUCUGACCUGCACCUGCAGUGCGGCUACAAAGUGGAGCGACACAUCGUCGACGGUGACCUGGUCAUCUUCAACCGGCAGCCGACGCUGCAUAAGAUGAGUAUGAUGGGCCACCGCGUCAAGGUACUGCCCUGGUCGACAUUUCGAAUUAAUCUCAGUGUCACCUCGCCCUACAACGCCGGUUUUGACGGUGGCGAGAUGAACCUGCACGUGCCGCAGUCGAUAGAGACGCGCGCCGAGAUCGAAAACAUGCACGUUACGCCGCGCAUGAUCAUCACGCCGCAGUCCAACAAGCCCGUCAUGGGCAUCGUGCAGGACACGCUGACGGCCGUGUGCAAGAUGACCAAGCGCAACGUAUUUCUAGAGAAGGAGGAGAUGAUGAACCUGCUCAUGUUCCUGCCGACGUGGGACGGCAAGAUCCCGGUGCCGGCCGUGGUCAAGCCGCGCCCGUUGUGGACCGGCAAGCAGCUGUUCUCGCUCAUCAUCCCGGGCAAAGUGAACAUGAUCCGCACGCACUUGUUGCACCCGGACGACGAAGACCACGGCCCCUACAAGUGGAUCUCGCCCGGCGACACCAAGGUGCUUGUCGACAACGGCGAGCUGGUCAUGGGCAUUCUGUGCAAGAAGUCGCUGGGCGCGUCGGCCGGCUCGCUUCUGCACAUCUGCUGGCUGGAGCUGGGCCACGAAAUCUGCGGCCACUUCUACCACGACAUCCAGUCGGUGGUAAACGCCUGGCUGCUGUACGAGGGACAUUCGAUCGGCAUCGACGAUACCAUCUCCGACCCGGAGACCUACUCCGAUAUCCAGAGCGGCAUCCGCAAUGCCAAGGAGGACGUGAUCCAGGUGAUUGAGAAGGCGCACAACGACGAACUGGAGCCCACGCCCGGCAACACGCUGCGACAGACGUUCGAGAACCACGCCAACCGCAUUCUCAACAAUGCGCGCGACAAAACCGGCGCCUCCGCCACGAACUCGCUCAGCGAGUACAACAACCUCAAGGCCAUGGUGGUGGCCGGCUCCAAGGGCUCGUCCAUCAACAUCACUCAAAUCAUCGCGUACGUGGGCCAGCAGAACGUGGAAGGCAAGCGGAUCCCUUUCGGCUUCCGCAAGCGCACGCUGCCGCACUUCGUCAAGGACGAUUAUGGACCGGAGUCACGAGGCUUCGUCCAAAACUCCUACCUGGCCGGCCUGACGCCCACCGAGUUCUACUUCCACGCCAUGGGCGGCCGAGAGUGUCUGAUCGACACAGGUGUGAAGACGGCCGAGACCGGCUACAUCCAGCGUCGCCUCAUCAAGGCCAUGGAGUCGGUCAUGGUCAACUACGACGGCACCGUGCGCAACUCGGCGGCGCAGCUGGUGCAGCUGCGCUACGGCGAGGACGGCCUGGCCGGCGAGUUCGUUGAGUUUCAGUCGCUGCCUACCAUCAAGCUGUCGGACGCCGCGUUCCGGCGCAAGUUCAAGUUCGAGACGACCAACGAGCGGCACCUGCGGCGCAUCUUUCAGGAGGACAUCGUGCGCGAUCUGAUGGGCUCGGCCGAGAUGAUCGGCGAGCUGGAGCGCGAGUGGGAGAGCCUCUCGCGCGACCGGCAGGAGCUGCGCCAAAUCUUCCCCACCGGUGAGAGCCGCGUCGUACUGCCCUGCAACCUAGAGCGCAUGAUCUGGAACAGCCAGAAGAUCUUCCACAUCAAGAAGGCUGAGCCGACCGACCUGAGACCGCUGAAGGUGCUGGAGGGUGUGCGCACGCUGCUGUCGCGCUGCGUGGUGGUGCGGGGCGAAGACCAGCUCUCUAAGACGGCCAACGCCAACGCCACCAGCCUGUUCUCUUGCCUAGUACGCUCGACAUUGUGCACGCGCCGCGUGGCCGAGGAGUACCGGCUCAGCUCGGAGGCGUUCGAGUGGCUGAUCGCCGAGAUCGACACGCGCUUCCACCAGGCCAUGACCAACCCAGGCGAAAUGGUGGGCGCCCUGGCCGCCCUGUCGCUCGGCGAACCCGUCACGCAGAUGACGCUCAACACAUUCCACUUCGCUGGCGUGUCGUCCAAGAACGUGACGCUCGCCGUGCCGCGUCUCAAGGAGAUUAUCAACGUAAGCAAGAAGCCGAAAGUGCCUUCGUUGACGGUGUUUCUGACGGGCGCCAGCGCGCGCGACGCAGAGAAGGCCAAGAACGUGCUGUGUCGCCUGGAACAUUCCACGCUGCGAAAGGUCAUGGCCAACAAGGCCAUCUACUACGACCCCGACCCACAGGACACGGUGAUCGCCGAGGACCAGGAGUUCGUCAGCUUCUACUGCAAGAUGCUCGACUUCGACCUCACCCGCAUCUCCCCCUGGCUGCUGCGUAUCGAGCUGGACCGCAAGCGGAUGACUGACCAGAGGCUGACCAUGGAGCAGAUCUCUGAGAAGAUCAACGCCGGCUUCGGCGACGGCCUGAACUGCAUCUUCAACGACGAAAACGCCGAGAAGCUGGUGCUGCGCAUCCGCAUCAUAAACUCGGACGACUCCAAGGUCGCCGACGAGGUCGAGCAGUUGGACAAGAUGGAGGAUGACAUGUUCCUCCGCUGCAUCGAGGCCAACGUGCUCAGCGACAUGACUCUGCAGGGCAUCCAAUCCAUUAAAAAAGUCUACAUGCACCUGCCGUCGACGGACAACAAGAAGCGUGUCGUCAUCACGGAGACGGGCGAGGUCAAGCACAUCGCCGAGUGGCUGCUGGAGACGGACGGCACGUCGCUGAUGAAGCCGGCCGUGGACAAGGCGGACUAG